UUAAUUUUGAACCUUCUCUCACUAGUUGCAUCAUGCAGUUAUUUAAAGAAGAGUGACCCUACGGCAAAAAGUGGAAAUUACAUCAUUGAUCCAGAUGGCAAGGGAGGUCAGGCAGCAUUCUCAGUGUACUGUGACAUGACUGACAAGAAUGGUGUUGGCGUGACAGUCAUCAGUCACGAUAGUGAGAGUAGAACACUUGUGAGAGGAUAUGACCCCUUAGGGAACUACUCACGUGACAUUCAUUACACAGGAACGAGUCUGUCUCAGUUGGCCAGUCUUACGAGCGUCUCCUCACACUGUGAGCAGUUUAUCAAGUAUGAGUGUUAUCAUUCGAUGAUGUUCAGGUACGGCGGAUUUGCUUGGUGGGUUUCACGUAAUUCUACUAAGAUGACGUACUGGGGAGGAGCAUUAUCUGCCAGUGGUAAGUGCGCAUGCGGAAUGAACAACUCAUGUGCAGACUCUAGGUUUGGCUGUAACUGUGAUAAGAAUGAUCACGUAUGGCGUGAAGACAGCGGUCUGCUCACUGAAAAGACAAAGCUUCCAGUAAUACAGCUCAGGUUUGGUGAUACUGGUGAUACGAAACUUCGCGAGAAGGGUUACCACACUCUGGGGAAAUUUAAGUGCUACGGCACAGCAUAAGCAUCUUGGUAUCACACAGACAAGCUUAUGGGUUAACUGCAGCUUACUUGAGCGUAAUUAAGCAAAACAUCGAGGAUAAUGUCCUCAACUAGUAAGAUAUCUGCAUUAUGAAGAUUGUUGACUGUGGGGAUGCACAGGAAAUUCUACCUCUCCGCUCACGCAUAUAUUAUCUUGUUUCGCGGAUUGUAUGAAGAUGUAGUUAAGAACUUUGCGUCUCUUUUAACUGCUGUAAAUGCACUGUCUGUAAUACAUUAAUAAAGCACAAAACCAAAACGCAUUCUCAACUGUUUCACAGCCAUAAAAUGCGUCUGUUAGCCUUUUUAGAGACCGAUAUGACAGACUUCCCUACCCUUUUGUAUACUGUAUUGUUAUUAUUUUUAAAACUAGUGAAAUCUCUAUCCUUUCUAGUCUAAUACACAGCCGUUUUUUGUGCGUCACGCAACGCUCCUUUUGUGGCAAGCGGAACCUCCCCUUAUAAGCCAUUAUUUAGUACCCCCUCGGGAGUAGAUUGACACCUUGCAUGCAAAUGUCCGGAAAUGUUGCCAAUCCAACGAACGAUAAUACUGACCGUCAAUAUCACAGAAAAAGACGUGAAAUGAUAGAGAGAAACUUAAAAACAACAGGUACAAGAAGUCUUUCGAUUGUCGUCUUCACUGAUGCAAAAAUAAAGGAGCAAGAUGAAAAACAAAAGGAAAAAAUCUCGACGAUUUUGAAAAUGGUAACUCAAACUUCAGAGUUUUCACACGAGAAAUUACAAACUUGCGAUGGCAAGAUUCCCUAUAUCUGAUCGAGUGCCUGUGAUGGCGUCCAGAUUCAAAAUGUUAUGAUUGAAGAUUUCAGGGCAUUAAAAGACGCUGUAGGAGACCUAAACAGAUAGGAAAAAGAACAGUUUUAAAAGCGAGUAGGAAACAUGCUAACGAGCAUUACGGUCUAAAGCAAAUGCUAGAAAACUGUGAACUUUACAUGUAUGCUUCUCAUUGGUGCCAACGUCUUUUUUAUUUUAAUAUUUGCACGGAAGUUUCUCUGCUUGUCAACGUACUCCAUACUCCGAGUGCUCCUACUAAAAAGCAUAUUUAAAGACCUUUUUCUUUUACGUGGCUUUGGGUAUAGUCUCACAUGAACCUCUCCUUACGAUCUAAUGAUGCCAUAGCAAGUGCAUAGCAGCUCUGGUAAAACGCACAUAGGCCUAUGAUGCUGCUAAGUUUUCAACAACCUUAAGAAUUCUUUACUUUUUCUCUCUGCCGACAUCGAGGGUUCAGCUGCUCUAGCAAAAACACAGAAGAAAUGAUAAUUCUUUACUUCGAAUUUUGAAGACGUCAAAUGAAAACCAGCAAUUCAAUCUUCUCCUCUAAAUUAUGUCAUCUUUUUCUCUCACGUACUUGUAUUCUCUACUAAACAUUUGGAAGAUCUGUUCGAAUCUAUUGUGCUCGAAAUCGAUGGAAUUGCUGCGGUUCUAUUUAUUGUUACUGUUUUUCGUAUGCCAACCACUCCUCCAUGAAGUUUUUCUGUGCAUAUUUCAGCUUUUUCCCAUCUAUGUAUAUAUUUACGGUACGUGCUUUCGAAUAUCAGUAUCCAUUAUACUUUAUUUACAGUUUGUUAUUGUGUUAAACGUGCAUUACCAAAAACUCUAAUGAGAGUAACACGUUAACCACGAUAUUUAAUGAAAUGAGCACACUCUUAAAAUCAAGAAAUAAUUUCACUUGCGUUAUAGACUGUUAGAAUUUUGACAAAUCGCGGGUGGACAUACUUCGUCAUCAUCCGAAUACCCACAGUUAUCUUAUUACGUGCGAGAACAUUUUAUUAUGUUUAUGAAUUGAAUAGUUAAAUAUUAAUAAAGACGUCAAUACCAUAUUUAUCUUUUGCCUAUGCCGGACUAGAUUUUCCCUUAUAUAAAUGACAGUAAACCAGUUCAAUCAGAAGAAGUUCUUUCUACGGGGUCUUCAGUAUGACAGGCUGCUGUUUUUCCGUGUUGGCGCUCUUGUUGGUUUGUAAUUUUUGGGGAGCUUGGUUGAAGUACAUUGCAACUGCACUUGAAAGUAAGAAAUAAUGUUACUUAAGCCAUAAAAAUGAAGUUUCCCUUUGCAGAUAAAUGGUUUCUGAUAAAAAUCUAGACCAGUAAGUUUAAUCGGACUUGUAAUGACUACCCAUAUUCUGUAUUCUAUAUACACCACACAUGAGCCUUAAGUAUUGAGGACAGUCUCAGCGACUUUAAGAGAGCUCUCAGUUAAUUAAAAGUCACGCCUUGAGCUGACCACUAAAAAAACACAAGCGUGAAAACCGGCACACCCUUGCAAACAUAUCGUGCAACAAUCUCAGUGUAGCUAGCAGCCAAAUCUUUCCUUUUAUCUAUGGAGGUUGUUUUGAUCUCAGACUGAUACAGCCUACUUAUUUGAAAGAGAAUUUGUUAAGACUUUUGUCGAUUCUUCUAGCAAAAGGGUUAUAAUGAGUCUGCGUUGGAAGAUACACCCUCUAAAACCAAACAGCUUAAACGAGCGCUACACGCAUACUUGGCCUAGUGGUUUCGGACUCAAAGCGAUAAAGGAUAGAAGAACGUGUUGAAAUUUUUUUCAUAUUGAAUACGUAGUGCAAACAAGAACGUGUAUGGGACAUAAUGGAAUUUGAGGAAAAUAGGAGGGAUGAGAGAUGAUCGCGUAAAAAUGAAAAACUCGCUUUCACUUUUUUACAUUUUCAUUUAGUUAUAAUAAUUUGAAUCAUCCCCUUUAAAAUUGAUUCGACAGCCCGGUACAGUCUUUAACUUCCGGUGAACGGCGGUAAAUGACGAGCUUGACGUCUCUAUUAAACCCCGAUGCAUUUCGGAACCGAGUGUUCUGUGAAAUAGAGACAAGUUUUCAAACAGAAAACAACAGUUAUAGUAGGAAAGAUUUAAAGUAUUCUUUCAUGAAUUUUCCAAAAAGCGACGAAAAAUCUAUCGGUAACAAAGUUGUUCAGAGAAAUAUCAUGCAGAUAUAUAAGUUAUUAUUCAGACAUACUACCGAGUAAAACUGACAAAAGUUUUUACUGAAAGAGAACACUUUAAGGUUUAAAUAUCGUCAGUGUGAUGGGCAAUCGAGUUCGCCAUAGCCAAUGAAAGAGAUCAGGGACUAAUAUUUGUCACCAAUAUAAUUUCCAGCGUUAUUUCAAUCAAGUUUACAGAGCACCUUGCUUGCUACACUGAUUAUUAAAGACACAGCCAAAAGAUGGUAUGGCAAUAUCAUUUUCAGUUACUUAAUAGUUCUUUUCAAGACAAACAAGAAGAGAGUACAUGUAUAAAAGGCCCUCAUUAGACCGUUCUACAAACACUAAUUUUAAAACAGCUGCAAUAAAAUGCCGUUCUUUACAUCGACCUUUUUUCAGAAAACGGUGAUUCCAUCUUCCUUAUUAGUUUCACAGCUAACAACAUGUUCCCCAAUUUGAAAAUAAUUUAAAUUCAACAGUUUAAACGAAGCAUGAGAGGAAUAGAGAAACAGAAAACCGUCUUAAAACAGUCACGUACACAUUUCAAAAGAGGAAAUUUUGCAAUAAUUGACGAUUGUGAUAUCCACUUUUAGCAUGUAUAUACUAUUUGUUAACCGCCCACAGCAGGUGGAUGUUUGCUCACAUUAGCCACGUUGCGGGUGACAGUAUACUUACGUUAGUCACGUUUCACUGCAAACGGCCGGCAAACGUCACAUUUAAGUUUUUAAUUUCUGAAAAUACUAAAAUAAGUAGACAAAAACUGUAUCAAGCGAUUCUUGUUGGUUAAAGAGGCGUUUGAUUGCAAACAUAUGAGUAGAAGUAAUGAGCAAUGUACGUCAAGUAAAGCGAAAGCUUUGUCACGUGAUACAAACUUAUUAACGUUUGCCGUUUGGUGGAAACGUUUUCUAUAUUGUGCCUCUUUGUCAGGCAACCACCCUUCCCAGGUUUAGUAAUGUGCCUUGCAAUUUACAAUCCGGGUUUGAAGCUGGUCAGCGCUUGUCAUCAUUAUCGAGUUUUUCAAACAGAAGUUAGCCUCAAAGUGUAAUUGAAAGAAAAAGAGGAAAAUAACUGAAAUGAGGACAUUAAGUCGUCCUUUGAUAAAAUCAGAUAGCAAAUGUUUGAAUAAAGGCACGUGAGAGUGAACAGCAUUAUUUAUGGCUCAGUCAAUUCCAAGCGUGCCAAUCCCCCGGGGCAUUUGUCAUCUUGUCGGUCCCUUCGGCGGGGAUUUGUCGCAGAACCUCUGCCCGCGGGUGGGCCAUUACUUUUUUUAGGUUGAACAUAAGAUUUCGAUCGUUGCCCUGACAACGUGGAUGAUUUAAAAAAAAAACAGCUAUCAUGAGAAAAACGAUUGUGUCACAAAACUCCCGGCUUUUUUAACUUUUAUUUUCACUAGUUCAUUGACCAAGGUGCGAUACAAACAGAAUUUUGGUGAAAUUUCUUCAUAUUUAAAUGCGUAGAUUUUAAGAUAUUUGUUGUUUGUUUAAAUUGCCUAUAAAACUCAACAAAACAAGCGCUCUAACAUUACUCCCGAAGUACGCAUGCUCAACACUUGAGAGCACUUUGAAAACACAUGAUAUGUCAAAGGCGACGAAAACUGACAAAUUCUGGGCAUUUUUUCCCGCUUUCCUCACAUCCCAUCAUGACUUAAGAUGCUAAUAGUAAAGAAUAAGGUGUUUGUAGAGAAACUGUGUUCACCUUAAUAAAAAUCUCAAAAGAGCUCGCCUAUACCAGUAAGGCAAGUGUAUUUUUAGGGCAAACAACAAUGACCUAAUAUGAAAGCAAAUGAAAUUAAUUAUCCUAUUUUACUGAGAAUAAAUAUGUGGCGCACAAUGGUAGCGCUCCAUUUAAAACUACAAUUUCCGUCGCGUGGGGAAAGUCUUAUUUUACCAAAGAAUUAUAAUAAUAAAUUAAAAUUAAAAUCAAAAAUCGACAAGAAAAGGAAGAAACACUAGAAUGACUUGUUGGGUAGGAAAUUACAAUGAUAACAACUAGUUCAAUGUUUAAAACAAAAUAAAAAAUAAAAAAAAUUAAAAAAAACUGGUUAGGCUGUCUACCUUUAGGCAGGAUUAAAGUUAAGAACAUUUUUUAUUCAUCUUAACUUUAUCAUAUAUGGCGAUACUUAAUACCUUUUAUAAUAGAGAAGAGAAGUCGUUGCGUCGCGUUGCCAUGGUAGCAAAAUUUUUUGAUGACAACAAACCAAAAUGUCACUUAAAAAGUGGAUUCGCACUGUUUCAAACUUCAUCGAUCUUAUUUAAUUUCAUCUAAUGUGUCAAAUGUGGGCGAAAUUUUCUGGGUUAAAUCCGAAAGGACCGUAUGUAAGUUUAGAAAAAGAAAAUCAAAAUUUUUGUGUUGUACUCGCCUACUCCAUGAAGUGGGCGCGUGAAAUUAGGAAGUUUCAUGUCGUGGUCGCGCAACAACGGCUAAGAAACUACAAAAAAGCGUGAGGCACGUGCAAAGAUGUUUUUUUGCCAAUCUAAACCUAUUGUUUUUUUGCGGUUGGCCGUCGCUGUUGCAAAAACUCCCUAUUGUUGUCAUCCAGAAAAUUUGCUACCAUGGUAACGUGACGUCACACUUCUCCUCUCUAUAAAGUUCAGAUAUUAACGCCCACUCUGAUUGGAUGAAAAGCAUGUUUGAUGAGAGUAUAAAAGACAGGGACUAAAGCGGUCACGCCAUCUGUGAAUCACACCAUGCGGAGGUUUUCUAGACCAAAGUGUCGCAUUUCAGAGUGAAAAAUACACCGUUGAAAGACACAAAUUGAAAGGGAAAGUUCGAUUGAAUGUUCAGUUUUCUUUUUGUGGACAAGGAAAGCUUUUGGUUUCAAAUCGUCCUUCGAGCCUUCAACGAUAUUAUCUUCACGCCGGAGCGCAAAAUGUUAUCUGUUUUGAAAUUAAUCCAAGGCAGCGAAGUUUUUGAAGACUUUUCAGGUACAUUUCUUACUCUUAAUGGUCAAGAAAAUUACGUUUUUAAAAGGAAAUUUAUGUAUGUAUAAGUGUUUCAAAAACGUUGUUUAAAUUUUGUCUUCGCCGUUAAAGAAAGAUUACAAAGUGCACCCCGAUUUGAGGUGGAUUUUGUGUUGAAUUUUGCCAUGUGUUCAUCCGAUUUUCCAGGCUUUAGACCAACUUCUCACUUUUUGAAUAAAAAUUUUCAAGAAAUAACGUUUCUGUCUUUUGUUUUGUUUCUGUCUUCUGCAAAGACGUCCGCGAAUUUUAUAGAAUUUUUACUUUCAAGUUCAGUUUUUGGGCACUUUAAGCAGUUUGUUUUCAAAUUUACAUGUUAAUGACGUACAGGUUUUCAUGGGAAGCGAUUCAGCCAGUUUUAAAAGCUCUUUUUCCUUCUGGAUUCAAAGAACGUUUCGCUCGUUUCACUUUAAGAUAGCUUUGAUGUUUUGACAGCUUUUGUCUUAUUCAAUCAAUCAAAUCAUUUGGCCCAUUCUGGCUAAUCUAAAAAGGAUUAUGAUUGGCUAAUUAAGCGUGGUUUAUGGGACUGUAGAACAUGCUGAGGACAAUCUGGUUCGUUUUGAAAAUAAAGUUUGUUUUCAAAAUUAGAAAGCAAUGCGUUGGGAAUUUAACAAAUUCUUCAUCAUAAAACAAAUCAGAAAGAAGCCUUGACUUUGCUCUGUUCUGUUGUAAAGUACUAAGGAGGCGACUAGAGUAGAGCAAGAAGAAGUAGGGAGAAACACUCGACUACGACUGUUUGACUGUGACAAUAGACGGAUCGAAACGCACAAAUGACAUUACGAGUCUUCAUAGCCAAUAACGUGACGCUUUUACGGACAGACGACCAAUAAUAUCGCGACUUAUUGACGAACCAGGUCAAUAACCAGAGUUUAAUACCAUCAACUGACGUGAUACAACUGACCUUGACUCUGAAGAUAACUACCACACAGGUUGUAGAAACGUCAGUCACUGUCGACAAAUAGUCCUAUUCAGGACUAUGUUUAACCUUCUUACUUGUUACCUUCUUUUUAUAGUCGUUCUGCAGAACAAAACUUAUUAGUAGCGAUACUACGAUAUAGUCGGUGCAAAUGCUCUUUACGUUUUAACUACUUGUUAUUUUGAUACAAAUCUCUAUCUUAGGUGAUUGCGGUCAAUUCAACCGACGAAUCUCAUUUCUGACACCAGCCAGAGGUUUUUACCUUAAAGGACACGUGUUAUCAAAUCUUUCUGUGGAACUAAACCUAGACUGCCAAGAUCAAUGUGCCCUAGCGAGGGAAUGUGUCUCAUAUAAUAUUGGUCCAAUGAUAAACAACAAGAUGACCUGUGAACUGAGUGACACAGAUCACUUGCAACACUCAGAAGAUCUCAGACCAAGAAAAGACUGGUUCUACAGAGGCACAAAGGUAACAACAGCAUUCAUAGUCACAUGUCACGUGAUCAUGUCUUAUAAAAUGUGUGGUUAAAAUUGAUGACUAGGACGCAUGCGUCUUUUUAAAACUGUAAGCGUUUAACUGAUUUAUUUUGUUUAUUCUUUUUUUUUUUUCAUGUAUACUUGUUAUAAAAUACACUGCUUAAAACACACUUUUAGUUAAAAGGAGGCUAACUCUCCAAAUUUUUAUUAAUUAGCUAGAAUUUAAAAACGAUGAUGGAAUGGAUAAUGAUUACGCGAUUGCGAUGAUGAUGAUAAUUACUAUGAUCAUGAUGAUCAUUUUGAUAUCGCAAUGAAACUGUAGCGAUAUUAGGGAUUUGAUUAACCAAGGGCGCAACUGCAUUUUAUCAAAAGGGGGGGUUUGGGGGUCAAAUCCACGGUGCUUACCAGAUUGUCAGUCGACAUCCAUAGUAAGAGUGACACUCAUUUUUUCGCAUGUGCAGUGUGUGAGGCGGCAGGGAUAUGCCCACACCUUAUACUGCAUUGACAAGUCAGGUGUCAAGAAGGACCGAGUAUACUACAAAAUCUUGUCCCAAACUGUAAUUGGCGACGAAAAUACUUUGAUAAGAAAGGGAGCUUUCAACGAUGGUUUCUUCGAAAAAAUUUCGACUGCCUACAUAUCUUCGUUCAAAAAGAGUGAAUCUUUGAGAUUAACCUGGGCUUCGGUUAAUCGAUAUCCUAGCGUUUUGCGGUAAAAAGAAAGGGACGCAUGUCACAUAUGAUGGGGGAGGGCAAUCUAACAACCCCCAUCACCGUGGGAUGUAAACCGUGAUGACAGACCAAUUGUGGUAUGAUGAUGAGAUAAUAUCUACUAAGUAGGCCGACGCAGACCCAUUAAACCUAUUGCAGGUUUCGUUGAAUAUAUCGGAGACAAAUUCUGAGAAUAUAACACAUUAGAGUUUACUAAGAAAAAAAAUGACUCUUUGUUUCAGAAUCUUUGCGCCGCCAAGCCCUGCCUAAACAAUGGGACCUGCUAUAUGGGAUACACGGAGAAACAAUUCGUUUGUUUUUGCCCAACUGGCUACAGUGGAGAAACAUGCGAGAAAGGUAAACGUUUUGUUGAUGCCAAGUAUGUGCACCGUACAUUAUGCAACAGGCGUACGAAGUUCAUAAAAUCGCGAAACCCUGCCACUGAGAAAACAAAAUCAUGCGCUUAUCUUAUAAUCAUUCUCAUAUAAUAUACGCUCGAUCGUCACCCUCAUAAAGAAGAAGGACAGGGAUACAAGAUUGAUAUAAAAAAAACUGGAGACCGUCAUCUCUCGUAAACGUAGACGUUAAAAAUUAACAGGCUCAAAAGCUAUGGCAAAGAGAUUAGAAAAGAUCCUGCCAUAUGUAAUCCAUCAUGACCAAAAUGCAUCCGUGAAAGAAAGAACGAUUUUUGAUGCAGUUAGAAUAAUAAGCGACAUCAUGGAUUAUACGAUGUAAUUACGUGAUCAAUUAAUGCAAAAGGCCUAUAACAUAACGGACCCUUUACAGCCUCGGGAGGUUUUGCAACAAAAGUAUUUCUAAUAAUAGACCCCGGCGGAAAAACGAAUUAUGGCAAACGACUGGGGAACUUAAGCACGGGCAUUUUUGAGCGGGCACAUCCACCGGAACUGAGGCUUUAAUAUGCCUCAGGGCCCAGUUGUUUAAAAGGUGGAUAAUGCUAUCCACCAGAUAAAUCACUAUUAACUGGAUAGCACAAUUGGUUUCCCUAACUUUUAUCCAUUGAUGGUGAUUUAUCCGAUGGAUACCGCUAUCCAACUUUUGAACAACUGGGGCCAGGACGCUACCAAAUUUGUGUAGAUACGAUACGUACGAAGAUUUGGGCACAAACGUUUGGGCAAAAACUCUGCCCAAGAAUACAGAAAUUCCACUUCAGUUUGAAGUGCGUCUAUUAAAAACGUCUUUGCUUUAGCUCCUGUUGUGAAUCUUCUCUCGGCAGUUGCGUCAUGCAGCUAUUUAAAACAGAGCGACCCUACAGCAGAAAGUGGAAAUUACAUCAUUGAUCCAGAUGGCGAAGGAGCUUUGCCACCAUUCUUAGUGUACUGUAACAUGACAGACAAGAAUGGUGUUGGCGUGACAGUCAACAGUCACGACAGUGAGAGUAGAACACUUGUGACAGGUUAUGAUUCCCCUGGGAGCUACUCACGUGACAUUCACUACACUGGAGCGAGUCUGUCUCAGAUGGCGAGUCUCACCAGUGUCUCUUUACACUGUGAGCAGUUUAUCGAGUAUGAGUGUUAUCAUUCCGUGAUAUUCAGGUACAGUGGAUAUGCUUGGUGGGUGUCACGUGAUUCUACUAAGAUGACGUAUUGGGGUGGAGCAUCACCUGGCAGUGGUACGUGCGCAUGCGGGAUGAACAACAUGUGUGCAGACUCUGAACUGGCCUGUAACUGUGAUAAGAACGACGGAAAAUGGCGUGAAGACAGCGGUCUCUUGACUGACAAGACAAAGCUUCCGGUAAUACAGCUUAGGUUUGGAGACACGGGGAAUAACGAGCAGGGAUACCACACUCUGGGAAAAUUAAAGUGUUAUGGCAGGGCAUAA